GUGGCCGUGUGGCACUGAACUUUGUCCCCGUUGUCACCGCAGCCCUGGGGUGUCCCUGACAUCACAGGCACAGUGUGGUCACAGCACCCAGUGGGUGAGAGCGGGCGCUCCGUGACUGUCCCCCCUCCUGCCACCGGCACCCACCGGGACCAGUCGGACCAUCUGCACCGGCCAGCCCCACCAUGGCCACCCCCGAGCCCGCGACGGCGCAGCCCAAGGCGGAGGAGCAGCAGAGCAUCGGGACGCGCGUGGCCAGCCUGCCCCUGGUGAGCUCUGCCUACGACAUGGUGUCCAGCGCCUACAGCUCCACCAAGGAGAGCCACCCCUACGUCCGCUCCGUCUGCGAUGCCGCCGAGAAGGGGGUGAAGACGCUGACGGCGGCGGCCGUGAGCGGGGCCCAGCCCCUCCUCACCCGGCUGGAGCCACAGAGUGAGUGGGGGGCAGAGGGACAGCACCCCACGGGGGCGGGGAGCGCCCCAAAACUCGCCCUGGCAGAGCUCCGUUGGUGCCCAGCCCUCCUGCUGCCCCUGGGGCAGAAGGAUCCAGCUCCAGCAGCUCCCUCUGGCUGGAGGGAGGGGGAUGAUGGUGGGAAAAGGGGCUUGGAGCAGCCCCUGGAGCUGAGGAAGAGCUCGGCAAAGGUGCCAACCAAGCUGGCCACGGCCGUGGAGGGCUUCGAGCCGGAGCAGCAGAAGCAGCAGCAGAGCUACUUCGUGCGCCUGGGCUCCCUGUCCAGCAAGGUGCAGCACAGAGCCCUCCAGCACUCGCUGGGCAAGCUGCAGAGCGCCCGCCACAGCAGCCAGGACCUGUUGGCACAGCUCCAGCGUGCCCUCGACCUGGUGGAGCACCUGAAGCAGGGCGUGGACCAGCGGCUGCAGGGAGGGCAGGAGAAGCUGCAGCAGAUGUGGCUGGAGUGGAGGAUGAAGCAGCCGGGCGCUGCCACCAAGGACCCGGCGGCACCGGCGGCACCGGCGGCACCGGAGACGGUGGAGUCGGGCGCGCUGGCCAUGCUGCAGGGGCUGGCCCAGCAGCUGCAGAGCUCCUGCCAGCCCCUGGUGCUCGGCCUGCAGGGCCUGCCCGGCAGCAUCCAGGACACGGCGGGGCAGGUCCGGCACAACGUGGAGGGGCUGCGGGCGGCCCUGGCCUCGGCCGGGUCCCUGCAGGACCUGUCGGGGGCUGUGCUGGCCCGUGCCCGUGCCCACGCCACCCGUGCCCGGCAGCUGAUGGACGAGCUGGUGGAGAAGGUGGCCUCCAACCCCCCCCUGACGUGGCUGGUGGGACCCUUCGCCCCCUCCAACGAGCGCCCCGUGGAGAUAAAGUAGCGUCCUCUGGGCUGCCCGUGCCCUCCCCACACACCCCAAAAGCCUCAGCAGGAGCAGAUACUAAACCCCCUCCUCCCCCAAGCCCACCUUGCCCCCCUAACCUUGUGCCUGCCCCCCCUCGCACAGCUCUGUCCCUUGUCCCCUGCUCUGUCCCUUGUUCCCUGCCCUGUCCCUUGUCCCCUGCAGGAACAUGCCUUGGACCCCCCAAGUGCCUGCUGGGGGUCCCCUCCAGCCCCCCUGGAGGGGCCCCCUGUGCCCCCAGUGCCUUUCUCGUAGGGUGAGAAGAAGCACAAGAAGCAAUAAACUGGUUAGUUUUGCA